AUGUUGAGCUACAUUCAAAUUGUCACGACGCCGACGGCCGAUACGCCCGGAACCUGUCUGAUCCUCCACUUCGACACCCAGCGCUAUGUCUUUGGCAAUAUUUCCGAGGGCACCCAACGUGCCAUGGUCCAGCGCAAAGUCGCGCUUAGCAAGACAGGAGAUGUUUUCAUGACUGGUCAGGUUAAUUGGCAUAACGCGGGAGGCAUGCUAGGCAUGAUCCUGACCCUGGCCGACGUCCUUGCUACGCAAAAGGAGGAGAGAACUAAGAAGGGUGUGCCCGAGCCUGACAAUGGCACACUGACGAAUCUGCGACUCCAUGGCGGAAAGAAUCUUACACAAUUUCUCACCACCGCGAGGCGCUUCAUAUUCCGGAAGGGCAUGCCUCUACGCCCAAACGAGAUCAGGAACGACCCUCGAGCAUCGAACCCGGGCGCGAACCCCGACUGGCAAGAUAGCAAUAUCAAGGUCUGGCAUAUGCCGGUUGAAGCGGAAGGCGUGCAAUCAAUAGCAUCAUCGAGAAAGAGAAGCCACGAAGAGAUGGUCCACGAGGACACCGCCCCAGCACCGACGCAGCAACACCCCUCCGCCGAAGAAACCAACCAGAAAGCCCUCUCGGAGAUUGUGACACAAAUGUUUGAUUCCAAUUGGAAGCUCGAUGCGUUAGUCGAAACUACUUUGCACCAAGCAAGGUUGCCAGCUAAACUCUUUGUCCGGAACGCAAAGGGGCACAUCCAAGUCUACAAGGGACCGCUGCCAGGACAAGCCGAAAAUGUGCCCGAUAUUCCUGUCCUGGUGCGCCAGCCAUGGCCUGCUGCGAUGAUCCCGAAUCUUCCACCUACGACACCUUCAAGACAAUCAAUGUCCUAUAUUGUCAAGAGUCAUGACCAAAGAGGUAAAUUCAAUGUCAAGGAGGCACAAAAGUAUGCCAUUCAAAAGGUUGACUAUAAGGUACUCGUUGCCGGUGGCACCGUGACUGCUAGCGAUGGAGUUGUUGUCACCCCGGAAAUGGUUCUGGGAGAGACUGUCAAGGGACUUGGUUUUGCCGUACUGGAUGUCCCAGAAGUGGCCUUUAUUGAGCCGUUCAUCAAACGGCCCGAAUGGUCAAAUGAGGAAAUACUUGGUGGGAUCAAUGUCUUCUUUUGGAUCAUUGGACCUGGACUUAUCGACGAUCCCCGCCUGCAAGCCUUUAUGCAAAAGAUGAGCUCUGUCAAGCACAUCAUCUGCUCUGGCGACUCUUCUCCCAACAUGUUGGCCCUUGAAUCAGCCGCCGCUCAAACAUACAAACUGCAUCAGAUCGACCCAGAAAGAUUUCCCCUCCCCCAUUUCAGUAAUGUUGAAACCCUGUCAAAAUCACCGGCGGAAUCGUUGCCUAGUCCUCUGGAGACUGGUAGGACUGGGAAGACUAUUCAACUUUCUCCCCGCUAUCUUCACCAAGACGACAAAAUUAUUCAAUUUCCCGACAUUCCCGCUCUUGCGAAGAAAAAGGAAGUGCCAGAGUCUGAGCUACUCCCUCUCAUAGAAACAGCAAGACAAAAAUGUAGCAAUCCCGAGUUUCUGGCCAUGAUCGAGCAAGUCGAGUCCGACAUCCCGAAUCGCGACGCAGAGGUCAUUACCUUGGGUACCGGUUCUGCGCUUCCGUCAAAGUACCGCAAUGUUUCGGCCACCUUGGUCAGGGUUCCGGGCUACGGUAACUACCUGUUUGACGCCGGAGAGAACACAAUGGGACAACUUCGACGUACGUUUGGCGAUGAACUCCCUUCAGUCAUCCGUGACCUGAAGGUAAUUUGGAUUAGUCAUCUCCACGCAGAUCACCAUCUUGGUACUGCCAGUGUCAUUAAGACUUGGCACAAUGAGACACGAGAGUCAAACCCUAUGGCGAAGCUCCAUGUCGCCUCUCAUGUCCACAUGAUCGACUGGAUCCGCGAGUAUUCUCAAAUCGAAGAUAUCGGUUACGAUCGCCUCACGUUCACAUCGAUAAAGCAGUUUGACGCAAAGACGAGAAUAUGCGAGACUGGGCGUAUGACAGCGGACCAACAACAAGCAUAUGGACUGGAGAAGAUCGAUGCAUGCUAUGUUGACCACUGCCACGGCGCGCUUGCAACCGUCUUCACUUGGCCAUCUGGGUUGAAGAUUGCAUAUUCUGGUGACUGCCGACCAAGCGAUGCCUUUGUCCAAAUAGGACAGGGCGUGACUCUGCUCAUCCACGAGAGCACUUUCGACGACGAACUUAGAGGGGACGCCAUUGCAAAGAAGCACUCUACCAUGUCCGAAGCCAUUGGCGUAGGCAGGAGAAUGGGUGCAAGAAGAAUUAUGCUGACGCACUUCUCACAACGUUACCAAAAGAUCUCUGCCCUCGAUGAGACCAUGGAGAUCAAGGUCGAUGGGGAAGUCAAUGCUCGUGAGAAGGCCAAGUUGGAUGAGGUCAUCUUGGCCGCAUUUGACUAUAUGCGCGUCAAACUGGGAGAUUUUAGAAAGGCACAGGCAUUCCUGCCAAGCAUCCAGAGGUUACUAGAUGAUGCUGAGGAGUAG